AUUCUACCUCGGUCUUCCCUGCAAUAGCUCACCGUAUUGUAUCGCACAGUCAAUAUGCAAGAUGCUCGAACCGCGACAAUUUCAUCACUUGCCCCUGCCUUCUCCCACAACGCGUCUCGCUUAACGGGAGAAGCUUUUUACAAACGUUUGAGGCCUCACCAAUAUUUGUUUAAUUGAGUUUUUCCUGUCAGCAGAUAUGGAACCCACAAAUGAUAAAAAUCGAGUGACAAAAUCGGCACCGGCACAGAGGAAGAGGAUCCGGAAACCUAGAGGUCGCGGGUUGAGGACGAAAACCGGCUGUCUGACCUGCCGGAAGAGGCACAAAAAGUGCGACGAGAAACUGCCGGUUUGCGGGCCAUGCACUACUGCAGCUAGGGAUUGCGUCUUUCCUCCAGAUGCACCGGGCGCUCGUGCCGCAACCACAUCCCUCACCAAGGAGCCAAGGAUAUCCACAACACCAUCAGACCUGCCCGAUCGCCAUGAAGCCUUGCCGCCCAUCGGGGAUGCGUCACAAGCAGAUUUACCGCGGGGUCCCACACAUCAACGGGCGGGAUCGACACAUACAGUCCUCGGCCUUCCAACUAAAGCAAACGCUCGAUCAGUGUCCUUCUCCACAGGUCGACCCAAGGAUCUCGGCAUGAGCCUCGACGCCUACGCGGGCAGCCCAAACGGGUACUCGCCCGAGACGGUAUCUUCGGAGCCGUGGACCACGGAUUUGGCCCCGACACGCUGGUUAUCUCUCGUCGCGACGGACGCAGCCAAUUCAGACAGCCGCUUCUCCCUAGCUCCCAGCCCGGCCCCGCAGACACCGCCAACCCGUGCGGUGCCGGAACCCAAAUUUUACACAGAACCUGGAGACCCAGAGCGGAGGGCUUGGCAGCUGGACCGGGAUUUUGUGCUCUCGGGCCGCGAAGCAUCCCUGUUCCGUCAUUUUACGGACAGGUUGGCGGGGUGGCUGGACCUUUUGGAUCCCACGGCACCCUUUUCGUCAAGUGCGGUCAGGUUAGCGCUGCGUAACACAGGAGUGAUGAAGAGCAUACUGGCGCUUGCAGCCAAGCACCUUUCAACAUCAGCAACGGCUGCAUCCUCACCGCAGGCGCAAGGCGAGACGUGCGGAUCGAUAGAGUACUACUACGAGACGCUACAAUACGUGCAGGAGGCGCUGGCAUACAAGAGCUACACGCACUCGGAGGAGCUGCUGGUGACGGUGCUGGCCAUAUCGUCUUACGAGAUGCUGGACGAGGCAGACGGCCGCGGCAACUGGCAACGCCACCUGAAGGGGGUGUUUUGGAUCCAGAGGUCGCAAAACACGGACGGGGACUGCGGCGGCCUCCGCCAGGCCGUGUGGUGGUCUUGGCUGCGGCAGGACAUCUGGGCCGCCUUUCGCGAGCGGAGACGCUGCCUGACCAUAUGGAAGCCGAGGUUGGCCAUGUCCGAGCUGGACCAGGACCAGCUGGCCCGGAGGACGGUGUUUCUCCUCGCCCAGGCCGUCAACUGCUGUGCGGAGCCGGCCGACCCGCUCAGGGCGAGGGAGGUGGAAGCACUGGCGGGGGAGAUGGACGCGCUCCGCGGACUCUGGGGGGAACACUUUCGGCCCCUGCCGACGGCGACGGGAGGAGGGCGGGAUGUGGUGUUUGCGCCGCUCUGGGUCCACCCGCCGCGGUUCGGGGUGGCGGUGCAGGCGUUUGCGUUUGCGCAGAUCCUGCUGACGCUGCACGCGCCGAUGCCGCAGGGCUUCGAUGGGUACGUCAAGGUGCAGAGGGUGCUGUCGGACGCGGUAGCCAUCAUCUGCGGCGUCGCAAUGGAGAUGACGGAGCCCAGCUGCCAGAUCUUUUCCGCGCAGUGUCUGUACGGGGCGGGGCUGUGUGUGCAGGAGCAGGGGAGGAGAGAUAAGAUACUGGAGUUGAUGGAGGUUUGUGAGGAGAGGUUUGGGUGGGCGCCUAUGGCGACGUGGAGGGAGGAUCUGAGGAAGGAGUGGGCUAGGGCGGAUGGGGGUAAGGUGGGUGGGGUUGGACUGUCGUCUUUGAAGUUGGGGAUGUGA